AUGCGGAAGAUCUCUUCAUGGGGGCUCGCCCAGUGCCUCUUCUGGGCUUGCGUAUCUGGCAUAGGAGAACGGACUGAUUGUGAUCCUGUUUUCUUGACAACGACGGUUUUCGCUACUAAGACCAUCUAUACGUCUGCCCCGUCUAAUGUGACUAGUAGUACAAAGGUGCCAUGGACUAAUUCAACUACGACGGCGAGUUCAAGCUCAAGAAUCACAAGUAGCUGGGAUGUUCCGGUUGGAAAUGCCACAACAAGCGUUACUCUCCCUUCAACUACACUUUCGUCAACCUCAGCUCCGUUCGGGAAUACCACUACAAGUAUUAUUAUCCCUUCGACCUCAUCAACUAUAGCUCUACCUGGGAAUACCACCACAGAUGUUAUUAUUACCCCAACUACAGCAACUACAGCUCCUCCAUUCGGAAAUGGUACCUCGAGUGCUACUGUCCCCUCAACCAUAAUAUCAUCAACCUCGGUUCCGUUUGGAAACACUACUACAAAUAUCCCUAUUCCUUCAACUUCGUCCACAAUAUCGUCGACCUCAGUUCCAUUCGGAAAUUCCACCACAGGCAUCCCCGCCCCUUCGACUUCACUUUCGUCAACUACAGCACCGUUUGAGAACACCACUACGAGCGCUACCGCUCCCCCGACCACAUCAUCAACAGCAAAGCCCACCCCUCCUCCCGGCGGGUUUCCGCCGUUACCGCCUGGUCCUUUCAGAGGAUUCAAGAAUGGCGCCUACUUCACAAAUUGGGGCGUUAACUCGGGCUUCCAUCCUCAAGAGCUACCGGUCUCUGAGCUGACGCAUAUCUACUAUGCCUUCGCCGAUAUUGACGCAGACGGAACAGUGAAGUCUUCAGACCCCGUCGUAGAUCUCCAGAAGCGCUACCCAGACGAUUCACUCUCGAAUCGUACUGCGAACGCUUAUGGUGCCGUCAAGCAGCUAUACAUCCACAAGAAGUGGAACCGGAACCUCAAGGUACUCCUUUCAAUAGGCGGGUGGAACUUCUCACCUAAAUUCGUGACGGCGGCCGCAACCGAUGCUGCGAGGUACAAGUUUGCUACUUCUGCUGUGAAGCUCGUUACGGAUUGGGGUUUCGAUGGUAUUGAUAUUGACUGGGAAUACCCCGCCAACGAUGUCGAAAAGGAGAAUCUCGUCAAGCUACUUCAGGCUUGUAGACAGGCAUUCGAUAGAUACGCGCUCCUUCACGGUAUACGGUACCGAUUCACCAUCAGCGUGGCAAGUUCCGCUAGUCCGCAAAACUACGAAAAACUGGACUUGUUUGCAAUGAAUAGAUACGUAGACUCCUGGCAUCUAAUGGCCUACGACUACUCCGGAAGCUGGGACACCGUCAGCGGGCACCAAGCGAACGUAUUCUCCUACGAAAGCAGCGCCGAGUCGAAACGGCUUAGCACCGACGCCGCCGUGCAGCAUUACGAAAGCCAAGGCAUCCACCCGCAGAAGAUCCUGCUCGGCCUACCCCUCUACGGGCGCGCCUUCGAGGGCACGUCCGGGCUAGGCCAGAACUACACGAGCGUGGGCCAGGGCGGCCCGCAGCCGGGGGUCUACUACUUCAAGGACCUGCCGAAGCCCGGGGCCAAGGUCGUAUAUGACGACGUGGCGAAGGCGACGUACAGCUACGACGCCGCCGCCAGGGAACUGAUUUCGUACGACGAUGUCCGGAGCACGACAUACAAGGCGCAGUACCUGAAGUGGCGCCGCCUUGGAGGCGCCUUCUUUUGGGAGGCUAGCGGUGAUAGGGGCGGCGCGCGGGGACUGGUUAAUACGAUGUCGAAGCAUUUGGAUUGGCUUGACGAGACGCCGAAUAACCUCCACUACCCGACGAGUCAGUAUCGGAAUAUACGAUGGGGUAUGCCUGGAGAGUAG